ACGCGGCCGCCGGGCUGCCGUCAGCUGACAGUCCGCUGCUGCCGCCGACAUCUUGCCUCCGACCGGAGGAGACGGGAGAGUCCGGUUUUCACGGUCAAAUGUCGUGAUGGAGUGACGGCAGGGCCCGGGCGGUUCUCUCAGCGGUCCUCUCUCUCUCUCUCUGUGAGUGCGAGUCUUCGUUAUGAGCAGCUCUGACUGACGGUGUCGGCCAUGAUCGGAGGACUCUUCAUCUACAACCACAAGGGGGAGGUGUUGAUCUCUCGGGUGUACCGCGAUGACAUCGGGAGAAAUGCGGUGGACGCGUUCCGGGUCAACGUCAUCCACGCCCGGCAGCAGGUCCGCUCGCCGGUCACCAACAUCGCCCGAACCAGCUUCUUCCACGUCAAACGCUCCAACAUCUGGCUGGCCGCCGUCACCAAGCAGAACGUCAACGCCGCCAUGGUGUUCGAGUUCCUCUACAAGAUGUGCGACGUCAUGACCGCCUACUUCGGCAAGAUCAGCGAGGAGAACGUCAAGAACAACUUCGUCCUCAUCUACGAGCUGCUGGACGAGAUUCUGGACUUCGGUUACCCUCAAAACUCAGAGACCGGAGCUCUGAAAACCUUCAUCACCCAACAAGGCAUCAAGAGUCAGCAUCAUUCCAAAGAGGAGCAGUCUCAGAUCACCAGUCAGGUGACGGGUCAGAUCGGUUGGAGGAGAGAGGGAAUCAAAUACAGACGUAACGAACUCUUCCUGGACGUGCUGGAGAGCGUCAACCUGCUGAUGUCACCACAAGGUCAGGUGCUCAGUGCUCACGUGUCCGGCCGGGUGGUGAUGAAGAGUUACCUGAGCGGGAUGCCUGAGUGCAAGUUCGGGAUGAACGACAAGAUCGUCAUCGACAAGCAGGGGAAGGGAGGGAGCUCUGAGGAAGCCGGCAAGAGUGGGAAACAGUCGAUAGCGAUCGAUGACUGCACCUUCCACCAGUGUGUUCGUCUCAGCAAGUUCGACUCGGAGCGCAGCAUCAGCUUCAUCCCGCCCGACGGAGAUUAUGAGCUCAUGAGAUAUCGAACCACCAAAGACAUCAUCCUGCCCUUCAGAGUCAUUCCUCUGGUCAGAGAAGUCGGUCGCACCAAACUGGAGGUCAAAGUCGUUAUCAAGUCCAACUUCAAGUCAUCGCUGUUGGCCCAGAAGAUCGAGGUUCGUGUGCCGACCCCCCUCAACACCAGCGGGGUUCAACUCAUCUGUAUGAAGGGAAAAGCCAAAUAUAAAGCCAGCGAGAACGCCAUCGUCUGGAAGAUUAAGAGGAUGGCGGGGAUGAAGGAGUCUCAGAUCAGUGCAGAGAUCGAGCUGCUGCCCACCAACGACAAGAAGAAGUGGGCUCGACCCCCCAUCUCCAUGAACUUUGAGGUUCCCUUCGCUCCAUCGGGGUUGAAGGUUCGAUAUCUGAAGGUCUUCGAGCCGAAGUUGAACUACAGCGAUCAUGAUGUCAUCAAAUGGGUUCGUUACAUCGGUCGCAGCGGCAUCUACGAGACUCGCUGCUGAUGACUCGACUUCUUCUUCUGACGACGACGACGCGUUUAUUCAUCAAAUACAACAUUUGUGUGUUUAAUUCAAAGAGCAGCUGAGUUAGAAACGUGUGUCUGUGUUUCUGUGGAUCACCCACACUACAUUUCCCAUAAUGCACCUGGACAGGGUCUGUCAUUAAGUAAACAGCUUCAUCUUUCAAACUGCACACCUCCAGUUUGUAACUUCUGUUAGAAGCCUGAUGACGUCGCUGUGACAUCAUCAGGUGACAGAUGACAUCAUAGAGGCUGAGGACCAACAGGACCCGUUAAUUGAUCGGUGCGGCCCUUUAAAUGUCAUGUUUGAAGCUCUGUGAGUCCUCCUGUGAUUACCCAGCAUGCCUCAGUCACUCAACAGAUGUUUGUUUUUUUUAAUUUUUGUUUUGUUUUUUUUUUACUGUUUUUGUAUCCAAACCUGUCAGCUGAUUGACGAUCAAUACUAAUAAGAGUCUAAUAAGUGAUUUGUGUUCAGUGAAAAGAAGUUCUGAAUGAACUCAGUCAUGUUAUAAGAAUAUCAGUGUGUGCGCGUGACUGUGUGUGUGUGUGUGUGUGUGUAUAGUAAGUUUGUGUGUGUGUGUUCAAUAGCAGAUCAAUAUUUCAUGUUGAGUUAAAGCUGCAGUUUGUUUCAAUGUCUGACGUCAUUUUGCCAAAUUUUCUGUUUUCUCAAUAAAAUCAGUCAGACUGA